GCGGCUAGCUGGUGAGCGGGGCGGAGAGGGAGCGAACCUCCCAAUGCGCAGCAGGUUGCAAGGGCUAUAUAAAGCUCUGGUCUCGGAUCCACUGGAACCGGCCAAGAUUGCCCGCGAGCAGGCAGCGGCCUUCCGCCCAGCUCCCCGGCGCCAUGGAGACCGCGGGGAGCGCAGAAGGCGCGGAGAGCCGAGCUGCAGCGCGCGCAGUCCCCGAAGGCCAGACGCGGCGCGGGGACGCGGGCUCCGGCUCCGCAGGCUUCUGGAGACCCUGGGUGGACGCCAGAGGCAAGAAAGAGGAGGAGACGCGGAACCACGCCGCGGAGGCGAUGUCCAAUGGUCCUGGAAUGAUAGCAGGCUCAGGAAAGCUUUCCCAGUUCAGACACCCAGUCAGACUAUUUUGGCCAAAAUCAAAGUGUUAUGAUUACUUAUAUCAAGAAGCAGAAGCUCUUCUGAAAAAUUUUCCAAUUCAAGCCACAAUUUCAUUUUAUGAAGAUUCUGAUAGUGAAGAUGAAAUUGCAGAGCUGACCUGUGAAAAUUAAUCUGAUUAGCUACUUUUGAUUACAUCCAAAGCUUGUAGGGUUUAAAUUUAGUGUACAAAUGUAACAUAAUUAUUUUAAAUAAUUUAUUUGUAUAUAAAUUAUUAAUAAAAUGAAAUAUUUUGUAA